GUGAGCAGAAUGAGGGAGGGCUGUGCGUGCCGUGCAGCAAGUGAUUCUCCCAGAGCAGAGCAGAGCAGAGCAGAGCAGAGCAGCCGUGUGGUGUGGGAUUGAGCUGUAUAGCUGUAGCUCCAGCUGUAGCUGACGGAGGAGGCAGACAUGGCCAAGUGGGAGUCCAACACCAGUGGCAACCAGGCCUUCCAGCUGCCACAGUGGCUGCAGGUGCAGCUGACAGAGCCGAAGCAGGAGUUCAACAAGAGGCCUCCGGGUAAGAUCGGCCGGCGCUCCUUCUCCCGAUCCAUCUCCCAGUCAUCCACAGACAGCUUCAGCUCAGCUCCCUCGGAAUCCGAGAGCUCCGACGAUGAGAGCACCCCUCGGGACAAGGCGCAGAAGAACUCCAAAGGCCAAUGCGACUUCUGCAUCAAGAACAUCAAGCAGGCGGAUUUCGGCCGCAGAGAGAUUGAAAUCGCUGAACAGGAGAUGUUAGCGCUGGUUGCGCUAAGGAAGAGAGCACAGGGAGAGAAGCCUUUAGCUGGAGCCAAGAUCGUAGGCUGCACACACAUCACCGCCCAGACAGCGGUGUUAAUUGAGACUCUGGCGGCUCUGGGCGCUCAGUGCAGAUGGGCCGCCUGUAACAUCUACUCCACCCAGAACGCUGUGGCGGCCGCCCUAGCAGAGGCUGGUUUCUCAGUGUUUGCCUGGAAAGGGGAGUCGGAGGAUGAUUUCUGGUGGUGCAUCGACCGCUGUGUCAACCUGGAGGGCUGGCAGCCAAACAUGGUCCUUGAUGACGGGGGCGACCUGACACACUGCAUUUAUAAAAAGUAUCCUCACGUCUUCAAGAAGGUCAAGGGAAUAGUGGAGGAGAGUGUCACUGGAGUUCACAGGCUGUACCAGCUGUCCAAAGCAGGGAAACUGUGCGUGCCCGCCAUGAACGUCAAUGACUCUGUGACCAAGCAGAAGUUUGACAACCUUUACUGCUGUAGAGAGUCCAUUUUGGAUGGGCUGAAGAGGACAACUGAUGUCAUGUUCGGUGGAAAGCAAGUGGUCAUAUGUGGAUAUGGAGAGGUUGGUAAGGGCUGCAGCGCUGCUCUGAAGGCCCUGGGUGCCGUUGUGUAUGUAACAGAGAUUGACCCCAUCUGCGCACUGCAGGCCUGCAUGGAUGGCUUCCGAUUGGUCAAGCUGAGUGAGGUCAUCAGGAACGUCGACAUCAUCAUCACAUGCACAGGCAAUAAGAACGUGGUGAGGAGGGAGCACUUGGACCGCAUGAAGAAUGGCUGCAUGGUGUGCAACAUGGGCCACUCCAACACGGAGAUCGACGUGGCAAGCCUGCGUACUCCUGAGUUGACGUGGGAGCGUGUGAGGUCACAGGUGGAUCACAUCAUCUGGCCAGACGGCAAACGCAUCGUCCUACUGGCCGAGGGUCACCUGUUGAAUCUGAGCUGCUCCACUGUGCCCACAUUUGUCCUGUCCAUCACGGCCACCACACAGGCUCUGGCCCUCAUCGAGCUGUACAAUGCACCAGAGGGCCGUUACAAGCAAGAUGUCUACUUGCUUCCAAAGAAAAUGGAUGAGUACGUCGCCAGUCUCCACUUACAGACAUUCGAUGCGCACCUCACCGAGCUAACGGACGACCAGGCCAAGUACCUGAGUCUGAACAAAAACGGGCCGUUCAAACCAAACUACUACCGAUAUUAGCAACAUAAACGAGGAAGAGAAAUGAUGGACUGUGUGGAGGGGCCAAGAGCAACAGCAAGGGUGCCUGUACAUCGCUAGUGAUCUGCUGCCCCCUGCAGGACGACUCUGGACUUGCAGUUUUUAUGAAGAAAAGGUCACACAGAGAAACUUUUUUUCAGCUGAAUGACACUUUGAUGUACCAAUGGUAUGGUUUUAUACUGUAAAUACUCAUUCUAUAUUUUGAAAGAGUUCUUUCAUAAUGUCCAUCUACUAUUGCGCAAUCUGUAUCAUCAGCUUGUAUCAUCACUUUGUAUCAUCACUUUGUAUCAUCAGUUUGUAACUUUACCUACACCAUAAAUCAUGAGUAUAAUUAAUUACAUAUAAUCAUAUAUAACAGAGCAGAGUAAUAUGGUAAUUUCUAUAUAGUUGAUUAAAAUACAAUAUAUAUCAGUGUUGAUAAUGUUUGAUUUCAAAUCAGUCACUCUUAAUAUUUAAAUGGAGUAUGUUGUAUAUUUAGUUAUAUUUUAUGUUUAUUUCGCAGCUUCACCUAAAAUAGCAUAGUAAAUACUUCACAUGGAACAAAUGGGAGGGGAUAUUCUGUGCCAUUAUAGAUAUGUAACGUAGUCAUGGCUAUUUAAGAUUUAACACAGAGGGGAAUCUUACCUUUCCAAUAAUACACUGUAUGUUGUUUGCACAAAGUAUUGAAUCUCAUGAUUCGGUAUGAACUAGAAAGUCUUAUUUUAGAAGGGUCAGAUUCUUCUUCAACAGUGAGACCCCAAUUCUCAGGUAGCAGUGUUCUUAACAUUCAGCACCGCAUUUACAGCACAAGCUACACAUUUUGCUUUUGACAAUGAUCUGAAACAUGCCAUUGACAGAGUCCAACAUGUUGAAUGCUGUACAUGUCUUGUGUUGAGUUGUGUGGUGUGUGCCUGUGUCAAUACUGCCUGUAACACUACCUGCUCAUCAUCAUUCUACUGUAAUAAGACUGUAGUAAUAUAACAAUAGUAAUACUGUAUAAUAAUAACACAUUAAACACUCCCAAUAUCACGCUGCAGCUUCCUGGAUAGUACAAAUGACGCAA